CUCAGCACGUGCGAGUACUUCUGCAUCCUAGGCCUUUCGUGGUCACAAUAAACACUGAGUUCUAGUAUGCACCAAGGAAAUUAAAUCCGGGGCCUACUAUUCUGCGAUGACAUGUGCCCGUGCCACGACGAGAUCGAUGAGAGGAACCGCGGGUGCCGUCACGGACCAAUCUAAUAAAUCAGUGCACAGUAGUUGAUCGUUCCAAUAGACGAUGAAGAAACCGUGAGCUAGCGAUCGUGUCCCUUCAUCGAGAUCCUUGCUAGCUCGAAGCAGAGCAGUCGCCAUGGAGCUCCGGCGGCUCCCCCGCGACGCACUCGUGCCCCUGCUCGUGCUGCUGCCGGUGGUGGUGGUGGUUCACGCGACCCCACGCCUGGAGAUGGUGACCGCCGCGGCGUCGGGUGGCGGCACGGCCACCACCACCACCACCAGGGCGCGCGCGGCGGCGGCGGCGUGCGCGAGCUGGCGCCUCGGGGUGGAGACCAACAACAUCCGGGGCUGGUACAGCAUCCCCGCGGAGUGCCGGGGCUACGUCAGCGACUACAUGCUCGGCGACCAGUUCCGGCAGGACUGCGCGGUGGUGGCGCGCGAGGCCGCCGCCUACGCCGAGGGGCUCGCGCUCGCCGGCGACGGCAGGGAGGCGUGGGUGCUGGACGUCGACGACACCGCCCUCACCAACCUCCCCUACUACGCCGACACCGGGUUCGGGGCGGAGCCGUACAACGCGACCUACUUCGACGAGUACGUGGCGAACGCGACGGCGCCGGCGCUGCCGGAGGUGCUGGAGCUCUACGGGAAGCUGCUGGCGCUGGGCAUCAAGGUCGUCUUCAUCACCGGCCGCCACGACUACGAGAGGGAGCCCACCGUCAGGAACCUCCGCAGCGCCGGCUACCACACCUGGGAGAAACUCGUGCUCAAGCCGUCGUCGCUGGGUUCGUCGGUGGUGCCGUACAAGUCCGGCGAGCGGCAGAAGCUGGUGGACGCCGGGUACCGCAUCGUGGGCAACAUGGGCGACCAGUGGAGCGACCUCGUCGGAGCGCCGGAGGGCGACCGCACCUUCAAGGUGCCCGAUCCCAUGUACUACGUCGCCUGAAAUGAGAUCAGAGAGCAACAACCAGCAGGCUAUGGCAUUGCUGAAGGCUGUGGUCGCCUUUAUUUGUACUUGCGCGGCUGUCAGUGCUUGCUUGUUUACCAUACAUGGAAUAAAUCGUGAGCACCUGUGUUCUACUAGCUUGCUUGUAAUGUAAUGGCCGUGUUUAGUUUUUUACGUGUAAAAAUUUUGCGUUGGAAUCUUGUUAAUUUAAAGUACUAAA